GUAUCACUAAUACAGCUUUGAUUGCUCCAACAAAAACACCGCAAAAUUUAACAAUGGGGUGAAUGUGUCAGUCGACAGGGAUGCUGUAUGGAGCAUGGGAUGUCCCAGUAGCUCCACCCACGUCUGCUCCGCCUCGCUAAAUUAAAUUUAAACUCACUGCCGGCCAGUGCUUUUCGAUUAGUGAAAUCACGACAUUCGUCACGACACGUCGUCUUUUAAAUUUUAUAUUUUAUCACUUAAUUUUUGAAGUCGCGAUACAGCGAAUUUAAAUUCCCCAACUAUUGGAAAAUAUCAUUACGUAUUCAAAUAUUUUUUUUUAAUGCCGAUGCUGACGUACGGUACGAAUAAUGGAGCGACAGAUGCUGAGGAUAGAUCACCAGCUACGUCACUCAUUUCUGGAGACGGCGAGCUCGUCGAUGACUCGGGAGAUUCUCCAGGAACUACCAGAGACACUGAGGAAGAGGCCAUGCUAUCUGAUGAAUUUUAUUCUCAUGAUACUGACGAUGAGGAGGACCCGCUUAGGAAGAGAAAAGAAUCUUUGUCUUUUGAUGGUUUAUGUGGUGGCCGUCAUUUAAGUUCUCCGACGGGUCAAAUUGGCACGGGAGUCAGAAAAUUAUUUACAAACAGUCGGGAGCGUUGGCGACAGCAAAAUGUUAGCGGUGCGUUUGCCGAGUUACGUAAAUUGGUGCCAACACAUCCGCCGGAAAAAAAAUUAUCGAAAAACGAAAUUUUGAGGAUGGCCAUAAGGUACAUAAGGCUGCUGACAAACGUUCUAGAGUGGCAGAAAACCCAAGAGCGCAAUGGAACACUUCAUAACCACGUGAAAAUAAAAUGCGAGCCAAAUUUAAAUCAUUACCAACUGAAAACUCAGAUAUUGAAAGAAGAAAAGUCGGAAAUAACCCGUCGAUUUGACCGUUCGCGGGUUCAAUCCCACUGUGAUAAAAAUGGCAAUGAUUUGUUGAUGAUCGCGCCUCUGGUCGCGCCCAAUGUCCCCCUCAAACACGCGGCCUCGCAGAAUCAAAUAAAUAAUCAGUCGCAUCCCAACCACAACCACAACCACAACCACAGUCGCAGGCUGUUCCAAAAACACAAUACUCUUAUCGUUACAAAUGUUAUGUCCAACGGUAACUCGUCAUCGACGGCACCGUUGGUUUCCAUAAAUAACAACGUCCGAAGUCCCAACAAACGUUUCAAAGUCGAGCGGGACGAGGAGGAAGGAAGCGUCAAGUCGCCAAGGAAUAAAAGGUCUAAAGUCUUCAAAGACUGCAAGAACUCUGAAUGAAUUGUUUUAUUUUAAUUAUAUAUAUUUAUUAUUAAUUAAUUAAUAAUUUGUUAUUUAUAUUGCAUCCGUUUAAUUGUGCAAUUUAAUACAGAUACUGUAGCUUCCGCUCAGUGUACAU